AAAGGCUAUCCACUCCAGUGUUUUGGCCUGGAGAAUCCCAUGGACUCUAUAGUCCUUGUGGUCGCAAAGAGUCGGACACGACUGAGCGACUUUCACUGAGAGGAGAAGUAGAAUCUGUCAAAUAUCAAAGCUGCGUCCACAUGUGUGUACUGUGCCUUUGAUGGCUUCCAGAGCCAGGCAGCUGUAUCUCCUGGGGCAACGUCGUUGGAUCCAGCAGACACUUUCCUGAAGGGUUCUAGCUGCCUCAGAUUGCUGUCCAGAGUCAGCCACUCGUCACCUGUGUGGCCUUGGCCAAAUGACCUAAGUGUCCUGGGCCAUAGCCUAAAGGGGGCAGAAAGGGUCACAGCUCCUCUGACCUUCAGGCGAAACACCUAAUGUGUGCUGGCAGCAGUCAGUGGGGAAUGAGGGUGGGCAUUUUUCAGGCAACCUGGGGGCCAGGGCAGAAGCUCUGCCCUGCUCAGACCCACAAGGAGCUGCCCCCUCACCAAACACAGACACCCAUGGAGAACUUGGCUGGAGGCUGGUGCCCAAAUUCAAGUCACUCCCUGAUCUUUCUAGAAAUAUCCUGCUAAGAGUCAAACACAUGCUUUCUUUCAAAUGUGGCAUUUUGCACGGAUGUUUAAACUCUGGCAAAAGUAGCAGGUUGCAUUAGCUUCAUAUAUUUACGAGCUUCAUGGUUCAGAUAAUUUUGGCCAAAGGAAGAAAGCCUCCUUAGAAACUGACAGAAAGAAGGGAGGUAAGACCCCCCAAGGGAAUUUCUUUUCCCCAGUCUGAACCCAGUGAGGUGGUAGAUGUGCAAGUUAGGAGUCCAGGCCCUGGAGACAACCCAGGCUCAAAUCCCAGCUCCCACACUCACUAGCUGUGCAAACUUGGACCUCAGUCUCCUCAUCUGUAAAAUGGGGAUAAUCAUAGUAUUGUCCUCAGAGGGCAGGUUUCAAAAGUGUCUCCUUUCUGGUUAUUUAUAUGUCAAUCUCAAACUGGAUUUGACUCUCCCCUCCCUGCCUCCCACCCAGUGCAGCCUCCCUGAGACUAUGGCUGCUCUUAGACCCUCCUGCCACUGUAUUGUCUUCAGGAAAAUUAAGGGACACUGGCUCUUUCAUGGAGUGGGGAGGUGUUGUGAGCUCUUUUAAGAGUUCUUUGGGAGCAUGUCCACUGUCAGUCCCCUGUCAUGGAUGGGCAGGCCAGCCCCUGCUAUUUCUUUCCCCAAGAGGGGAGAGGAGUAGGGGUGGGGAGGGGCUGUAGCAGUGGCUGGUGACAAUGACAAGGCCUGUAUGUACCUUUUGUACAUGACAGUGGAGGGUACCUGGCUCCCACAGCUGGCGGAUGCCCCUAGACUGUGAGGGCCCUUAAUGCCUCACAUUUCAUUGUCUGCCGGGGGUAGAAGAGCUCAAGCUCUUAGUGGGAACAAAUCAGUCAUGUGCAGACAGCCCUGGGAGCAAGCAGGAGAGAGCCGCGGGCAUCCUGUUCCCCUCUGCUCUGGCUAUCUUGCUUAUUCUGCUCCUGGCCACUAGAUGAGCCUUGACAAAUGUGACUGCUGAUGCCUGAUCUCUGACCCGUUCUUCAUAGGCUCUUUCCUUACGGGACCUCCCUUUUGGUUAAGCUGAGCAGGGCUCCUCACUGGUCUCCGUUAGUCUACACCCAACCCUUCCUAUGCUGCCAGAGGAUGCAAUGUUCUCUGUGGCCUCCAGUGGCCAUUGUGAGCUACCUCUGCCCCCACAUGCUUGGACUCCACCCUGCACAGUCCCUCUGAGCCCCAGCCCUGUACUAUCCCAUGUCAGUUUGUUUCCUCCGCUUGGCUUCCGCACAGGCCCUCAGUCUCACUACCUCCCAAACAAGUUUCAUUCCCUGACCCUCAGAAGGGCACUCCUGAAGAGUGAUUCCUACCCCCACUUCCUUCCUCAGUUGUUUCAUGAGGCUUCUCUAAUUCAUGAAUAAACAAUGUGUGCAAGUAACUGAAGCAAGUGGGCACCCUCUCUGUGUCUCUCUCAUUCCCAACCCAAGCUCCCUCUGGGCUCAGCCCAUUUCUUCUUCUUAUGUCAGUAAACACCUGCCCCUCUCUUUGUGGAUGAACCCAACAGUUCAACUCCUCUGAACACUGGGAGGACAGGGCUGGUAGGGGCCUCCCUUGAUGAAGCUGGGAGUGAGGCCAGGGGAAAAUCAGAUGAAGUCUAUCCCAGCCACAUAGGAAUGUUUUGGCUGCUGCAACAAACCUACAUCAAAGUGGCCACAAGAUGAGCUAAUAGAAGAUGGACAAACGUGACUCCACGUUUACUUAGCUUUAUGUGGAGUCUUGAUUUCAUAGGGAGGGCAGCCUGCCCAUGCCAUUUCCCUGAUCUCUGCCUCUCCUCCCCCAGUUCCUGGACCAGGAGCCCCCCUCCCAGCCCCCUCUCCACUGCAUCCCCACAUUAUGGUUGAUUCCUGGCAUUUGAGAUUCUUAUCUGUUCCUUCUAUUAUUCUGGAACACAGGCUCCCCCGUCUUCCUCCCCCACCUAUUCCCCUAGGGGAAUAUCAUAGAAGAAUAAAGACAUUCAUCUUGGAAAAACCGUGAGUCCAACUUUUACCUCUAGGGAACAAACUUCAAAGAACCUUGAUGAUGGUGCCAUUUUAUUGACAGGAGAUUUCCUACUCCUUUCCCUUUCUCCCUCUGUCGCUUUUUUUCCAAACACCCACAGAGCAGCCCAUGUCCCUUGUGCAUGCCUCCAGGGGCCCAGACCUGUGACCCAAAGGAGCUCUCCACCACCCCAGGGAGACGUGAUAUCACCUGCCGCCUCUGCCUCCUCCUUCCUUGAGAGAUAGUAUAUGUUCAAGAAAGUGCUGCCUCUGCCAAGCCACUCCCUGAUGGUGGGAACGUGAUGCCGGGACACAUUCAGCUGUGACUCUGCUUUGAAUUUUGAAAAUGAGCGUUUGCAAAGUGGCAUCUGCAUUUUGUUGCUAUACUGGAGGUUUGAUGAAGAACGGAAAGUCAUGCAAAGCCAAGAUAGGGUGAAGAGUUUUGAGCAAAGUGCAGAACCCUGUUGAAUCUACUGAGAAGGGACGUUCACAAUGAACGCCAUGAGCAUCUCAGCUCUUGGAGGAAGCAGCAAAGGGAAGCCUCUCCCAGCAGGCGAGGAGGAGCGCAAUACUGUCCUCAAGCAGAUGAAGGUUCGCACCACGCUGAAGGGGGACAAGAGCUGGAUCACCAAACAGGAUGAAUCGGAGGGCCGCACCCUUGAGCUGCCCUCUGGCUGGACUCAUGCCACCUCGCUUUCAUCAGCUGGGGAGGUCCCGAAGACCAGCAGGCCCCUGAGCACGAGGGCUCCCACAGGCUAUAUCAUCCGCGGAGUGUUCACCAGGCCUGUGGACAGCUCGUCUCAGCCUCACCAGCACUUCCCCAAGGCCAAUGGAGCUCCAAAAAGCAUGGCCAGUCUGGGGAAAGCAGCUCCCACUGGCCCUCCCCGCCCCUCCUCCUCUGGCUACAAGAUGACCACGGAGGAUUACAAGAAGCUGGCCCCCUACAACAUCAGGCGCAGCUCAGCAUCAAGAGCUGCUGAAGAGGAGGAGGUGCCCUUCUCUUCUGACGAGCAGAAACGGAGGUCCGAGGCUGCCAGCAGUGUGGUGAGGAAGACAGCUCCCCGGGAGCACUCCUAUGUCCUGUCAGCGGCCAAGAAGAACGCUGGCAGCCCUGCCCAGGAGACACUGGCCCCGUUCAUUGCCAAGAGGGUGGUUGAGGAUGGGUCUUCUGAGAAAAGCCAGGACCCACCUGCUCUGUUGAGAUUCCUUGCUGGCUCAAGCAGUGCAAGAGGUGAGGAGACUGUCCGCCUGCAGAUCACAACACCCGGGGCAGGACUCCACCUGGUGGCCCCACACCUGGAAGGAAUGAGGUCUUCCUCAGGUUCCAAAGACAAAGAGGUCCCUCACCCCAGAGAGCCCAAGAGAAACUUGACUAAUGAAGGAGCCUUCAGGAGCCCUGAUGCAGACUCUGAAAGAUCAAUUGCACAGUCAAGUGAUGGCAACAUGGGAUCGGAAGCCAUGGGCUCCCCAGAUGAAGACUUGGUUGGAGCAGACGUCAGCUCUGGGAGAGGAGGGCUGUGCUCACCUGCUGGCUUCACCCCUCUCCUGGAUGAUCAGGAGGUGCCCAGUGCCAACUCACAACCUCUCAAGCCUGCACCAGCAACCACCAGCUCUGAUGCCAUUUCGGCCUCUGCUGUCCUGGCCAACAGGAAGAGCAACAGCCUGGCAGACCUGGAGAAUAUGGAGACAAAUCCAAAGGGCGCCUUGGUUGUUUUUGAGGAGAAGAAUGUGGUUACCAAGGUGGGAGAGGCAUGGCAGGGGAGGCCCCGAGUCCUGCAAGAUGAUCAAGGAGACCCAGCUGUACCCACCCAGCAGUGCACAGAUCCCAGCACCUCAGAGCAGAGCAGCCCCGGAAAUCCUGAGCAGCGCCUGGAAGUGGACAGCCCGGCCAACAGCACCUUGGUUGUUUUUGAGGAGAAGAAUGUGGUUACCAAGGUGGGAGAGGCGUGGCAGGGGAGGCCUGGAGCCCUGCAAGAUGAUCAAGGAGACCCAGCUGUACCCACCCAGCAGUGCACAGACCCCAGCACCUCAGAGCAGAGCAGCCCUGGAAAUCCUGAGCAGCGCCUGGAAGUGGACAGCCCAGCCAACAGGAUGAGAAACCCCUCGAGCUGUAUGGUCUCUGUUCCCAGCCCUGCCCCUCCUGAGCAGCAUCCUAUUCACAUGCCAGCCUCCCCAAGUGAACUGGAGCCCAACUCAACCAGCAAAGGGAUUCUCUUUGUGAAGGAGUAUGUGAAUGCUGGUGAGGUAUCUUCCAGGAAGCCACUGUCUUCAUUCUAUGGCAGCAUUGGCAGCAAUGAGGACUCAUGCAACAUGGAGGAGAAACUCCCAUAUGAUGGUACUCCAUACUCUGAGAGAACAUGUGGAGGAAUCUGUACUUACUGCAACCGGGAGAUCCGAGACUGUCCAAAGAUCACCUUAGAACACCUCGGCAUCUGCUGCCAUGACUAUUGCUUUAAGUGUGGGAUUUGCAGUAAACCAAUGGGUGAGCUUCUGGAUCAGAUCUUCAUUCACCGUGAUACCAUCCACUGUGAGAAAUGCUAUGAGAAGCUGUUCUAGGCUGAGAAGAAAGUGAUGACUCCUGGACAAGUUUGACUAACCCCAGUUGCCCCAAGUUGCUGGCUCUUCUUCCCUCACUUCCUUCCUCAUGCUUUUGAUUUGUUCAUGUUUUUGCCUUUCUUAAGUUGAACUUGCUUACAUCCAGUAGCAUAUCUUGAUGAUCUUAUGAUAA